AUGGCAUCUGAGGAAGAGGAGGUGAAGGUGAGAAGGAGGAGGAAGAGGAGAAAGGCUGAGGUACCACCUGAGGUUCAAGCAGUGGACAUUGAGGAGUUGACAACCCAUGGUCAUGAUGCACUACAGAACGGACAGAUGGAUGCAGCUUUGAGCUGCUUUAAGGAUGCAUUGAAGGCCGCAGAGCGGUUACAGGACUCUAGGGUCCUGUCGGCCUGUUCCUUUAACCUGGGGGCAGCCUACGUGGAGGCUGGAAAACCUCACAGGGGGCUCAACUUCUUGCGGCGAGCUCAACCUGGACCAAAAGCGGACCGCCUCCCAGACCUGCAGUUCAACCUGGCCCUGGCCCACAAUGCACUGGGGCAGACCCAAGAGGCUGCCACCUACUUCCUGCAGGCUGCACAGCUGUACAGGUCACAAGGAGAUGGAGGCAAUGAGGGCGACGCCUGCAUGGAGAUGAGCCGCUGCCACGCCCUGAACCAGGACUGGACUCUGGCGGCUCAGGGUUUCUUGAGGGGUGCAGAGAGUUACAGAGUGGCGGGCAUGUUGGAUUCUUCAGCCACUGCCCUCAAAGAGGCAGGAAGUCACAUGGUCAAAUCAGAUGAGUUCAGCCAAAGUGACAUCAUCAGCGUGUUGUCAGAGUGUUUGAGUAUGACAGACAGCAUCCCAGACCCAAGGACUCUGGGUGAGAUAUACCUUUCCGUGGGUGUGUCUUACUGCCGUCUCAGGUGUUUUGAGGAGGCGGUGGAGUGUUUUCAGAAGGCUGUAGGCCCAGCCUCUCAGCAGCCCCCCCUGCUGGCCAAAGUCCUACACAACCUGGGAGCUGCUCUAAACUCAGAAGGCCAAUUCAGACAGGCGCUGGACUACCACAGACUGGCAGUUGGACUGUAUGGUUCUCUGGGUUUCCGUGGCGACCAGGCACGGUGUUUCAGUAACCUGGCAUUUGCCUGCAGUCAGCUGGGUGAGGAAGAAGAGGCAGCAGAGAGCUUCAUCCACGCCCUGCAGGCUUUCAAAGACACCGCGGACCACCGGGCUCAGGUCCAGGUGUGUGAGUCAUUGGCUGAAUGUUACCUGAAGCAGAGGAAACAGCAGAAAGCCAUUCAGCUCUACAAACAGGCUCUGACCUCUCUGUCUCACUGUCAGGAUGAUUCUGCUGAUGUCGGGGAUCAUCUGGUGGAGCGUCUGACGUCGGUGCUUCAGCAGAGUUUAUCUGUCAGUCCUCGGAGGCGACACCCACCCAGACCUCACCCUACCAGACCAUACCCACUCAGCCCACCUGUCAGGAGGCAUGACAUCACACAGAGUCCAAGCAGAACAUCCAACCAGCAACCAGCUGAACAGAAGGGGGAGGGGCCAGGUGAGUCUCUGCUGUUCAAGGAACCGGUUAUCGCUAAGCUUGCAGCCCCCUGGGAGAAAUCACUCAGAACAAUGAAAAUCAAGGCGCUGGAGUAG